ACAUGGAGGCGCUGGCGGUUGCGCCCGUGGCCAUCGCCGUGGUGGUGAUAGCGGUGUCGGCCGCGCUGCUGCUGGCCCGGGGCGCCGGGCGGCGCAGCAAGGGCCCCCCCGUCACGCUGCGCGACCCGCAAGCCAAGUACCCGCUGCCGCUGCUGCUCAAGGAGGACAUCAGUCACGAUACUAAGAAAUUCCGUUUUGGGCUGCCUUCCUCUGAUAAUGUAUUGGGAUUGCCUGUAGGCCAGCAUGUUUACCUCUCUGCAAAAAUCAAUGGUAAUCUGGUGAUCCGAGCCUAUACCCCAGUUUCCAGUGAUGAGACAAAAGGUUAUGUUGAUUUAAUUAUAAAGGUCUACUAUAAAAAUGUGAAUCCCAAGUUCCCAGAAGGUGGAAAGAUGUCUCAGUACUUAGACAACAUGAAGAUUGGGGAUGUUAUUGACUUCAGAGGGCCAAAUGGACUCCUUGUCUAUGAAGGGGCAGGUACAUUUUUUAUCAAGCCUGAUAAGAAGUCUGAAGCACAGAAGAAGUUUGUAAAGCAUCUUGGGAUGAUAGCUGGAGGAACAGGAAUCACACCGAUGUUGCAGCUGAUUCGACAGAUCACAAAUGAUCCUAAGGAUUCCACAAAAUGUUGCCUUCUUUUUGCUAAUCAGACAGAAAAAGACAUAUUACUGAGAGGUGAACUAGAGGACAUCGCUAAGACGCAUCCUGAUCAGCUCACACUGUGGUAUACCCUGGACAGACCUCCACAAGAUUGGAAGUACAGUUCGGGCUUCAUUACUGCGGACAUGAUAAAGACCCACCUGCCUCCCCCGGGCAACGAGACGCUCAUCCUGAUGUGUGGGCCGCCGCCGAUGAUUCAGUUCGCAUGUCAGCCCAACCUGGACAAACUAGGCUAUCCCAAGAGCAGCACGUUUGCUUACUAACACUGAUGUCAUGCACCACUUUUCCCUAAAUCUUCUUUAUCCCUUUUGGACUCUUUCUGUUUUCUGGAGACAGUGGAGACUGGGGACCUGAAUCCGUGCCCGAAGACGGAGGUGAAAGGUCAUCUGGGACUGCUGUGCCAUCCAUGGUUUCUGUUUCUCCUGUGUUAAGGACAGUAACAGUCACUUUUUGUAUAA